CUUGUAUUUACCAGACACAAAUUUGCCGGCCAUGGCUUCAAUUUCGGAUAUUGGUUUGUACAAGUACAAGGCCUUCUUUUUGUCCUUUGCUUGGUCUGGGAAAGAUCAGGCUUUUCUUCAAAGAUGUAGCAUUCCAGUAACGCGGGUGUCUAGUGAACAAAUUUUGUUCAAGAAUGAAUGCUUGGUAUUUGAUCAAAUGCCUAAAAGAAUUGGUGCGUCAACAUAUAAUCAUGAAACUAGAAUGGUAGAAAAUGGUGAUUUAGCAAGAUAUGUGUUGGAGAUUAGUCAUUUGAUUAGUGUUUUAAAGUUUUGUGGUGGUGAAGGAUGUUUAGAACUUGGAAGAAGUUACCAUGCUUUGAUAGCAAAGACUGGACUUGAUGGGGAUGAGUUUGUGGGUACUAGCCUUAUUGAUAUGUAUGCUAAAUGUGGAGAUUUGGAUAGUGCUGUUUUGAUAUUUAAUCAGAUGCCUCGUUUAGACGUUGCUUCCUGUAAUUGUUUGAUUUCUGGUUAUGCUAGCUGUGGAUUAUUUGAUGAAACCUUUAGGUUCUUCAUGAAGUAUGAUAGCUUUGGUAACAUACCUAAUCCUUAUACAUACUCAACUAUGUUAGCAAGUUGUGGUACCCUUUCAGCUAUCGAAGAAGGAAAACAGCUUCAUGCGCAAGUUGUGAAGAUGCAGUAUUUACCGGAAACAGCUGUGAGUAAUGCACUUUUGACAAUGUAUAGCAAGUGUGGGGUUAUGGAGGAUGCUGAAACAGUGUUUAAAUGUCUUCCACGAAGGAACAUCAUUUCAUGGACUGCUAUUAUUAAUGGAUUAUACCGGCAUGAGGACUUUGACAAAGCUAUGAGGCUGUUCUCCUUGAUGAGAGAGAGUGGGAUUGAACCAAAUGAAUACACAUUUACAAUUGCUCUUGCAUCUUGUGGAAGUAUGAAGAAUCUUGAUAAUAGUCAUUUGCUUCAUGCUUUAGUUAUUAAGAAGGGGAUGGCUUUGGGUGAAUUUGUAGGGACGGCAAUUAUAGAUAUGUACUCUGAGCUUGGAGAAAUGGAUGAUGCUGAAAAACAGCUCAAGGUGAUGGGAAUUUUGGCCUCUAAGGUAUCAUGGAAUGCACUAACCAAAGGGUUUGUUCAGAAUGAGAAAGCCAAUGAGGCUUUGGAUGCUUUUGGUGAAAUGGUAAGAAAAGAUGCUGCAUGUGAUGAGUUUACAUUUUCCAUCAUUCUGAAAGCUUGUGCUUCCUUGCCAUCAUUCACAAGUUGCCAGCAGAUACAUGCUCGGAUAGUGAAAGCUAACUUUGACUCAAACACGCAUGUGGGUAGCUCAUUGUUAGAAGCUUAUACUAAAUGUGGAAGUAUAGAAGAUGCCGAGCGAGUUUUCAGUCGGAUUUCAGCACCAGAUGUUGUAUCAUGGAACUCACUGAUCAAAGCUUACUCGCAGAAUGGCAAUCCAGGAAGGGCUAUAUCACUGUUUAGGAGGAUGAUUGACAAAGGAUUUAGACCAACUGUUUCUACUCUCCUUGCUGUUCUUUCUGCAUGUAGCCACUCCGGCGAAAUCCAAGAAGGCCAAGAAAUAUUUCAAUCAAUGGUAAGAGAAUUUGGUAUCUUACCAGAAGAAGCACAUUAUAGUUGCAUGGUGGACUUACUGGGAAGAUCUGGACAACUGGACAAAGCACUAGAUUUCAUAAACAACUUGCCCGUCAAACCUACGGCUUCAAUAUGGAAACCUCUACUUGCUGCUUGCCGGUGCCACAAAAAUCUCCAAAUGGCUGAAUUUGUUGCAAAGCACAUACUAGCUAUGGACCCAAAUGAUGCAACAGUGUAUGUUACGCUCUCAAAUAUGUAUGCUGAAGCAGGACAACUGGUCAAUGCAGAAAACCAGAGAAAUCUGAUGAAACUAAAGGAGGUUACAAAAGAACCAGGAUGUAGUUGGAUAGAAGUGAACAGUAAGAUACACAAAUUCUUUUCGCGUGAUAGAACACACCCCGAAUCCGCAAAAAUAUACAACAAGUUGAAGCAAGUAAUGAUGCAAAUAACAGGCAAGGCAUAUACUACUAAUGCAAAUCAACUGCAGCAGAAGGAAGAUUCUUGUUUAUUCCACAGUGAAAAACUUGCAGUUUGCUUUGGCCUUAUAAGCUUGCCAGCAGGAAAGCCAGUCAGAAUUUUCAAGAACCUCAGAGUUUGCACUGAUUGUCAUAUGUUUAUGAAGUAUGCAUCUUUGAUUACAGACAGAAUUAUAGUAUUAAGUGACAAUUAUAGGUUUCAUCACUUUAACAAAGGUUGUUGUUCAUGUGGAGAUUACUGGUAAUGUAAACUUUCUGAGAGCAUUGGCAUUGCUU